UUGUGGAUUCUCUGAACAGUGGCACUGCCAGAGCAUGUCUGCUGGGACCUCCCCCUUUCCAGUUUUUAUUCCUACUAAGACGGAAUUGAGUCUUCAUAUGCUUCACAGGAUUCUGUAGUUGGCUUAUGCCUUGUUUAAUAAGACGUUCGUGAACACUUCCGUGUUUGACUCUAGAGGAAAAAUGACUUCAGGACCAAGGAAACCCGAUCUCAUGUGAGCCGUUUCCACCAGUACCAACUGGUCUGAAAGGAUAAUCCUCUCCUGGUCCUCCUAAUGGAUUACUCCAGUGAUUAAUGGGAAGGGAAAUCAGGGCAGGAUUUUCAAGUGUAAAUGCUUAGGUAACUCAACACAGAAGGGAACCAAGACAGGAAAGGAUAAAUAUGGAUCAAGAGCAGAAUGAAGAGGACCAUGUUUCCCGCUGGGAUAAUCCAUCUCCAGUUGAAAGAAACAGUCAGAAACAGUCACCUUCAGAAAAGGCUGUGGAUCAUAAUACAAGCACUGAGAGCCAUUCCGCGAAGCUCUCUCACCUGAAGCAACUCUUAACAAGAUUUGGCUUAUCCGUGGAUGACUUGAAGAAACUUAGUCAGUAUCCAGAUGAUCAACUGACACCUGAAAACAUGCCUGUAUUGUUGCAGGCUAUCCGAACGAGCAAACUGGCUUCUAAGGCACCUACUUUCCCUUCAAAGAGCACAGAGAAAGAAACCGUUUCUCGUGCUGAUGGCAGUGGUCCCACGGUACAGAAAAAAGUGAUUGACUAUGGGCAUAAAAGCAAGUAUGGAUACAACGAAGGCCCCGUGGAAGUGAAGGCCUCAUCCACAGCGACGGAUGAGAGCGUGAAAGGAUUUCAAACCCAGGAGCCUGCGUCUGUGCCUGCUGCGGCCUCCAGUUUAAUUAGCAAUCCAAAGAACCUCACUACAGAACUAAUACAACCGGCGGGGUCUCCGGCAAGUACACCAAACUGUCAGGCUUCCCCCCUUGUGAAUCCUGCCCAAAAAGUGCCUUUAGCAGAACUUGGGAUCCCUGCAACAGUCCCACCUGUGAGGCCCCCACCGGUGGCACCCGUGCCUCAGGCUGUGAGGCAUCCUGCCACCCCGCCUCUCCUUAGUCCAGCUGUGAACCAGCCCUCUUUUGUUCCUGAACUAAUGGAACUUCUACGUAGGCAUGAAAGAUCUGAGCACACACGCAGGGCUGAUCCACCUAAUCGUCUGUGUCAGACCAUGGCUGGCCAGAGGAGUUUGUGGAAGGAGGCUGAAGAGCCCUUUAAGUCCCCCUUUGGCGUGGUGAAAGCCUCGUGGCUUCCAGAUUUUUCACCAACAGAGAAGCAGAAGGGGAAGAAACUGCCCACAUCGCCGCAGAUGUGCGAUUACUACGCUGUGACUCCGAGAAUAUUUCCACACACUUGUUCUCUGUGUAAUGAAGAUUGUAUAGAUAAGAAGGACUGGCUUCAGCACCAGAAUACCUUUCUGCACAAUGAGAACUGUCGUCGGCUCCUCCAGCAGUAA